AUGAUUUCAAACCAGCUACAGACUCUGAAAAAACUAUUGCAAGCUUUAUCACAGGCCAUUGAACCUGAUGAAUCUGCGAUCCACUUUACUUUUCAGCAGGACUCGACAUCGCUGGCUGCCGAAAUCUUGACUAUUGUUACCACCGAGCUCACCUCAGAUCAUCACGGCAAGUUUAUUGAUACACUUGCAAGUUCACUUCUGUUUGAUCCCAAAACAGGAGUAUUGCGUAUUCUCAGAUCCUCUAAAGGAAUAUCUCGGCAUGAUAGAGCAAAGGUGUUUAUAUUUAACACACUGACUGCAUUUAUACCAAAACUAGGUGCAUCAUCUAUCCUGCCAUAUGCCGUUCAAAUAAUCACCACAUGCAUGGCUAUAUUUCGCUCACAAGACUCGAGUCGAGUCAAAUUAGCGUCAUUUAGACCUGUCGAGCAGAUCUUAGAUCUUGGAAUACCACACAGUACUGUGGAUCUAAGUGUUGAUAGACUAUUUGAACAGUAUUAUAUGACUUAUAUUCAACAGUAUACAAAAAUCUCUUUGUCAGUCAAAGGAGCUAUUCUCAGCAUUUUAGGUCUGAUUAGUAAACAGUACCCACAUUCCAUCAUGGAAGAUUGGGUUGAACAACUGCAGCGUCAUCUGCUCAAAACUAUCGAAAAACUUUUUAGCACAAAACGAGCCGGAAUAGAUACACAACAUAUAGUUGGAGCAAUGACUGGUUUGAAUUUUUACUUGUUUCAGUUUGAAUUUAUCAAACAAGAGGAUUUGAAUUUGGUUUAUAAAUGCAUCAAAUUUGUGAUUCAUCCCAUCGACAACCUAACUCGUUACGAUCUGCCUAAAGCCGGCCUUCAGAUAUUGAUUAAUCAUUCGGAAAUGUUUGCAGAUAUUUUUCUUAAAGACUGGCUUGUUCUAUAUAAUUGCUUCGAAUGCAUGUCAAUACACAAAAAUCGUGACCUGUCGAGAUUGGGGUUGGCAGCAUUUGUGCAAUUUUUCAAGAAUAUCUCAAAAGCACUUCUGCAAAACUGUGAGGGAGCAGACGAAAAAUUGUGUUUUGUUUCUAUUCUCUCUAAAUUCAACUACAAACUCACUACGCCCAAUCUAUCCGUAUCUGAAGUAUCACUUGCCAUUUAUGGAUUUGGAAUGUUGAGUCACGCAUGCAAAUUCUUUUGGGGUGCAGAUGAAUUUACCUCGCUUACAAAAGUUAUUAUGCAGCACGGUGUUCAAUUCUAUAGCAAUGUCGAAAGUAUCAACGAAGCCCAUUUGUUACACAUUCCGUCUUUUUUGCAAGCAUUUAGUCAUAUUUGUGUAGAAAUGGAUACAAUUGAUUCCGAGUUUGUGCAUGUUGUUGGAAUGAUUGUUGAAGUCAUGCUUGUAUAUUUUCCUAGCAUUGGUGCCGUGGUUCGUAACCAAUGCUGUAAAGCAUUGUUGACUUUUUUGUGGAAUCUUUAUUCUACCCACGAAUCGCUUUUCACUAUUUGGAGGCAUUGUGUAUCACGAGCAAUCGCAUUUACUUUAUCAGAUGGUUCGUUGCAGAUCAAGACAAGUUUGCUUUCUGCCACUGGAACGCUGAAGCAAGAAGCGUACAAGGAGUAUUUGCUGUUUUGGAAUGAGAUACUAAAUACACGCAGCCUAAUGCUUGAAAACAACAUAGAUCCAAAAUCGAUUGAGCAGUUUAUAGAUUUGAUGAUUGACGAAAUCAUACACGCGGUGAUUGCCAUUCCACAAAAACUAGAUCUAUCUAUCAAAGACACAACAAUGAAAUCUCCAAUCAAGCAUGCAGACGCCGAAUAUAUAUUUGAAACCCAAAGAACUUUGCAAAAUUCACAAUCCCAACUUUCUGACAAUGAAGCAUGUGCAGAAACAGAUACUUUUCAAAUUGAAACCAAAGUAGUGGCGGUUGCAACACAUCCAAAAGAUCAUCAAGUUUUAAUCAAUCUUGUUCAAUUCUGCAAAGUAUUUUUCCUUGGAAAGCCUAAACAUCGACUUUCUCAAUGGAUGCUUGUAUUUGCUGAAACAUGGAUUAAACAUUCCAGAAAGCAUCCAUUGAUUAGUGGAUACUACAACAUGUUUACUCUUUGUCUCAAAAUUUGCAUUGAUACCGACUUUUUCAGCGAUACAGACCAAACUCGGCAGCAUGCAUUGGACUGUAAAAAAAUGUUUUGUAAUUACGUUGCUCAUGUAUUAAGGCGUAUGUGGGCAUUCAAGGAUGAUUUACUAUGCUCGUGUUUGUCACUUGUGCUGUCUGCUCCGUUUUCUAUUCUAGACAUUUCCAAAAUGCAAGAUGCAAUGCAAACAGCGUUUUCCAUGGGCACAAGUUAUUUUCCCAUGGCUGUUGUCGGUCUUGAUGCACUCGAGCGUUGGAUCAAAAACUCAAAUGUUGAAAGUUGGCAAUCAGUACUAUCUCAUGUUUUGCCUUCACUCGUAGAAUAUCUCUCAACAUCUCCAAAUGGAACAGUGCAAAACACGUCCAAUUCUCAUUUUUUUUCAAAAAAGUUUAAACUUGGCAUGGGAGCAAUACAGCGCGAUAAACUUGAUAGCUCUCUUGAAACAUCCACUAUAGAUCAUAUUGAUUUAAACAAAAUUAAAAGGAGGGUUGUUUUGCUGUUGGGAAGAAUUGGGCAAUACAAUCGACUUUUGCUUGAUGGAAAGAAUUUUGAUGUGGCCAUUUCAUGGAACAGGGAGAAACCUCCUCUGUUGUUCUUUGAUGUACCUUAUCGCGAGACAAUUGCUCGAAUAUACUUUGAUGAUAUAAUACCCCGAAUUUCAUAUCUUGCAGAAUUCUCGCCAAAUCGAAAAGUCAAAGUUGCAGCAUUAGAGUUACUCUAUUCGUUGAUACUUCUUAUGCUAGGUCGGAUUGCAUUUGGAUUGGGACAUGUGUCUGACACCCGGUGUAAAUUUCAUGAUAUAUUUGAAAAGGUGUUUCCAUGUAUAUUGAGAAUUGCAGUGGACGUGGAACCUAUUUCACGCAGUUUGUUUCAACCUUUGCUGCUACAGAUCAUUCGAUGGCUAUCCAUUCCUGAAAAUAGAAAAGCCAGUGAGACGGCCGUGCUUUUUUUCGCUUGCAUGGAUGCAGCCACAAGUGAUAGUGCUACUCAACGUGAUUUUGGCAGCAAAUCCAUUGCCGAGUUUUUGUUUCAUUUUUUGAAAAAUCCGACAGAUGAUAUGGAUGAGGAUUCUAAAGAUUAUUCUGAUGUCAGUACAAUAUUUAUUCGAAUAUAUCAUUUGCUUGAUCACCACGAGCCACAUAAACGACUCGGAGCCUGCAUGAUUGUUGGUAAAAUUAAGCAUAUACUUCAGUUCAACACUCAAGCUGCUACUAUGUUUACAUUUGAAAUGCUAUAUCAUUCACUGUAUGCGCUUCGUAUUUCUGAUCGCGACGAAGUGUCUGAUGAAACGGUUGUUUCUGCUCAAAAGGCUGUCGAAUCAAUUGCUUAUAUUAUAGUGACGCGAGUUGAUUUAUUUAAAAAUGUUGAUGAUCUGCGACGCUUAUUUCCAGGACUUGAAUCUUCAGAUCUUUUAUCAUUGAUAAAGUGGUUAUUUGGCCAGUUUGGAUCCGUUGAUUUAAAUAAUCUGACACUAAUGAAAACACGGAUUUUACACUUUAAAUUUGUCCUGCAACCAUUAUUAGAUAAAAACACAAUGUUUGAUAGCUUGAUAUACGCUUCCCCAAACUACCUUACGGAUCAGUUACUUUCUCCUAUUCUUCAAGGAAAUUGGCGACAUGAUAGUGCUCUUGGAAGAAAAUGGAUUCAGCAACUUUCUGUAUCACUAGACUCAUUUACCUUUUUAUUGAAAAAUGAUCUUUUGAAACCCCAACUUGUGACCUGUCAACCCAUGUUGAUCAAUCCAUUAUUGCAAUUUGUAAACGUAUGCUCUAGAUUUCAAACGCUGUCUGACCUUCGAAACAUUACUCAUGGAGAUCAAUCUUAUGUAGAUGCGAUUGCUUUGUCUGUCGUAAAAUUGUUUGGAUUGAUGAACAUUGUAUUUUCAUUGCAAGGCAGUAUAGAGAUGCACAUGACAUCUGAUAUAUGGGCCCUUGUAGAAGAGCCUAUGUUUAAAAUACUCACGUUGGCAGUGUUUAAUCCCGCUGUUCUUGGUUUGGAUCUACUUACGGACAGUAUACCCAACUCAUUUGAUCAUACUGAUAUUGGUGUUUCAAUCAGAUUAGAAUCAAUAGUUGAAAGCACCCUUGAUGUGUUUUAUCGCCGGCUUCCUAUGGAAAAUCGCGUAAAGAUGCUUCUUAGUAUCGCAUCUGGAAUUGACCCACUUGCACUUGAACUCUUAAAUCUGCACGAGUGUCAAAGCUUUGCUCAUUAUAGGAUGCAAUUUCGUGGACUAAGUUUGCUGACUCGAACACUUUGGAUGUCUGAGCUUUCAAAUAUUGGGGCUCUUCAUCCACUUCAACGUGGACUAGAAUCACUUGUAUUUUACUCUGUUAAAACUGAUCCUGGGAUCAUUGAAAUAACCCAGAAUUUUUUGUCUAUGUUUACGGAUUUGGACGUUUCAAAAAAAGCUCAACAUUUUUACCACUGGUUCCAACCCGUUCUUGACCAAUCAUUUGCAACCAAGUUUGAUGAAUAUGCACCAUUCGUCAAGGAAUUUUGGGCAAGCCCUCAGGUUCAUAUGGUUGUAUUAGGAAUGCUAGACUCAUUAUUGAGCGCACCUACAGACCAUGUGGAUGCUAUUCAAUUACUGAACAAGGUGCUACCACAGUGUAUUCCGCUUUUGGAAAGUUUAUUUUCUCACAGAAAUCAUGAGCAGACAGGCAUUGCACGAUUAUUUUUUAACCGUAUCAAUAGCAUAUCAAACGAUACAGUUAUGAAUCAUCCGGAUUUUUUAAAACUAAUGACAGCGGAGCUUGCUUUUUUACUUGAAACUCGGUUUUCUUUGGCAGAGAAACGCGAUACAAUACGACACUUGGCUAGGUUUUCCAGCAUUGACAAAGCAACCGAGAAUCUUAUGACUCAAUGUAUAGAAAAUAUUAUUCAAAUUCAAUUUCCAGUUUCACCCAAUGGUAUAAAAGCGCUUGAAGGAACGGAUCAGUAUUUACAAUAUGUUGCAGUUGUAGAAAAUCUUUUGCAAGGGAUUGAAAUGCAUGGAUCUGUUUUGAUUGCAAAAGUGCUUUUUUCCCAUUUAUGUCGAGAUGAUAACAGUAUAUUUACCUACAAGAUUCAGCAAGGAAUGAAUCACAUGGGAACGCAUCUUUCUGAUGUAAAAGCACAUGAAUUUACUGAUAUGUGUAUGCAAUAUUUAUUUGAUAAUAGCAUCAUGUACAAUCUUCGAGGAAAUGUUGUUAAAGAUGUUUUAAUACCAGUGCUAUUGGGAAUGAGCGAGGCAAAACUAAUUGCAUUUUUUACCAAGCACGUUAAAUCAAUCAUGCAGUCUAUUACAAGCGAUGUUACGCUUAUAAUGGGUGAUAUAACCCGGGAUCUUGUCAUUAAGGCAUCGUGUUUUAGUCUUAUGGAAGUUGCAUAUUUGCAUAUCCCACACAAGGAGCUGCACCAUAUAUCUGGAAAAGUGAUCAACGCAUACACGCAUCCGUUUCCGGCGGCGAAUGAAAAAGCCCUUUCGCUUGCACUAAUCAAAUCUGCUCACUCUGCAAAAUCUGAAGAUGUACCAAUACUUGACCCUGUAGAUUUAGCUCCGAUACGUCUAAUGUAUCAUCGUGCUGCAUACGGAGCUCUCUCUGCUGUAAUUUGUAAAACACAGUUUAAAUCUGAAAUGUAUCGAGUGUUUUUGUUUUCAGAAAAUCCACAUAAACAAGAGCGCCAUUGGAGUAAUUUGAUUGAUCUUCAUCAGCAAGUGUCGUUUUUAUGUGAAUUUUCCAAGGAUGUUGAUUUUCAAUCGGACAAAUUGAAUUUCAGCCAGACUUCAAACAAUCAAGAUGUCAGCAAUUUCCAAAAUGGUUUUCCUUUGUUUAAGCGCGAUUUACUGGAUUGUGUAAUCCGGUCACUAGAUGGAGCUGCGCGUAUAUCCACAACCGCUUUGGUGGAUGUUGGGUCUAUGCACGUUUGUGCAGCACAACUACUUGAAACUUUUAAUCAAGAGACGUCGUUCCACAUCAGGGCGUUUAUUGUCAAGGUUAUUCUGAUGCAUUCUGACUAUUUUGAAAAGUUCAAGACCGAGUUUUGGAAACCAUUGGCACAAAUGUUGGCUGAUGAAACGACGUUUUUUGGCGGAUUCAACUCUUUGGUUAAGGAUAUUAUUUCACAGCUGGUUUUGUGGAGUACUAAUAUGGAUGGAAGCAAAGUUGAUUUAUAUGACGACUCUUUAGAGAGUCGUUACAUUAUUAUAAAAAUGAUGCGAGUCGUAUGUUUGCAUUGUGGAAAUCAAGUCAGGUUUGAGAUGCUGCGAAAUGUAGCUUUGAUUUCUCAUCUCAUUCAGUGUUUCAGCAAGCGUAUUGUGACACCAACAGAUAUCAUUUAUGAUCAACUUCAAUUGCCCAAGGAUACUGCUACAAAGUACGACGCAUUGAGUGCACUCUAUCUCUGCUUUGCAUUUUCAUCCAAUGGUCUACCUAUUUACUCUGGCGUAGAUAUUCAGACUCCUGGUUUAAGCGAAGGUCUAUUUUAUAAAAGUAUUGUUACUCAGCUAAGCAGUGCAAGAAAAGAUAUUUUUAUAGUAGCUGCAGAGUUGAUUGGUCACACACUGGAAAAUUUCAAACAAGAAUCGCAUACGCUUUUAAACUAUGUGGCUUGUGUGGUACAUAAAGAGCUCCAAAAAACAUAUCUUGGCGAAGCUCGCGACAUUGACAAAUUUGUGGUGAUUCUCAACCGCAUUAGUUUAAAGUAUCCGCCAAUCUUGACAGAUUUUGGCCAAUCGCUUUUAUUUAUACUUCCACAGCUAUUUGGAUCUACAAAGGCAUUAUGUUUGGAAACAUUGGUAUCAUGUGCGUCCAGUAUACCGUCGAUGUUUAUAGAGCUCUGUGCUAGGGAUCUACUUGGACUUUUGUCGCACAGAGACGAUGAAUGCCAAAAAUUUACUCUGCUAAUUCUAAUCGAACUGAUUCCCGAUUUGUCUGUUGAUGACAUGGAGUACUUUUUAAAAACAAUAGUACCAACCUUUAGUACUCAUCCAGACCAAAAGUGUCGCCAGGCCUAUUUUUUAUUAAUUCUAGUCAUUAUUCAAAAGCUUUCUAGCUCGAUCCAAGAAAACGAUUCUUUUUUACCAGACUUUCACAGAACAAAAAAGAUUAGGCGAGAUUUGGUUUCAGAACAAACGACUGCCAAAACUUUAACUUUCCGUGUAGCAGAUCUGCUCAAUCAUCUACAUAUGUGCCUUCUCCAAGGACUUGAUGAUACUUGUGAUGACAUUUGUAGUGAGAUUGCUAAUUAUGUUGAAAAAAAUAUAAUUGGAAAAGUCAAUUUGUUUGAUCGAACUAGCAUACUGUUCGAAUCACUGUAUUCCUCAGACACUGAAAACUCUUUUGUUUCAUAUGCUACUCGCUUUUUGCUUGGCCCUUCACAACAUUCCGCUGGAUAUGAUACAGAUCUGUUUUCCAAAAGUUUGAAAGAUGGUUAUUUUGUUGAUAUGCCUAUAGACACGUCAUGGAUAAACAAUACUACUAUACAGCCAUUGUUUUUAUCUCAAGAAAAUUCAGAUGAUCUAAUGGACAAAGUUACUGAGGCAUAUGGCGUGGAUUCGACUACUAAAAGUGAUGAUGAUACUCAUUGGCUUUUCAUUCAAGAUACAAAUUCCAGGCGUCAAUUCUUUUCAAGUUCAAAUUUUCAGAUGAAUAGUUUAUUUUUACAUAAGCUAAAUCAAGUAAAAUCAACCAUUGACUGUCAAUCUACUAGGGCAGCAUUAAAAUCAUUAAAGCGCAAGCAUGAGGAGCGGACUGUUGCUGAAGAACGUGCAUAUUUUUCCAAAGAGACUGCUUGUUUAAAGCAAAAUCUGAUUAAAGCGGAAAGUCUCCGAAAGCUUGCGCAAAAUCGUAAAGUAAAAAUACUAUGCAACUACCGAACUGGAAAGUAUCCUGAUGUGCAGAUUAAAUGCAGCUCUAUUAUCAAGCCACUUGAGCAGCUUGUACAGAGUGACCAUGAAGUAUCUCGAUUUGUAUUCUCCAAACUGGUGACGUCUAUAUGGACCACAUCUGACAGGAAAAAAAGUUUGCCUCGAACCCCUAGCAAUCAAAUGCAAUCUACCGACGUUGUGAAAAAGGAUCUGCAAAGCGUCGUGUCUAAACUUUUGAUUCGUUCCAAAUUCACGUCGGCUACAUUUGUUGGAACCAUGCUUCGUAUAUUGUAUGAGACUCCAUGCACCCAUAUUGACCCACUAUUGAUUGUUUCUGCCAGUAUUAAAACCGGAAAUGAGAAUCUUGGGAUCAUGAUUUUAGAAAAAAGCAUUCAAAAAAAUGUUGCAAAAAAAUCCAUAUGGACUGGAAUCGCUACCCUGUACAGGUCAAUUGGGGAUUUAAGUGUAUAUCACGGAGUUUAUGAAGCUCAUUUUGAUUUUACAAAAAACACACAAGAUGCGCUUUAUUUUUCUUCAAUUAGUGACUAUAAUGCGGCAAAAAACAUAUAUGAGACAGCAUUGAGUGGGCCAUUUGAUAGGAUUUCUGCAGAAGAGGCAAUGCAAGGAUUUGCCUGUGAGACUGAAAGGAUUUUUAGUCCAACAACGGAGCUGCAGCAAGAUUAUCUCGAGUUGCAUCAUUCUUUUGAACUAGGACUUGUUUCAAUAUUGAAAGACGACUAUGAUCAGGCUUGGCAUUAUGUCAAUUCUUCCUUUUCAAGAUUUUCUGAUUGCUUUUCAGCUCUUGGAAUGUACUCUAAACUCGGAAAACUAAAGCUUCUCAGUUCUCUCCAAAUGAUUACAGAAGUUUAUGAUGCUUUGACUCGAUUACGUGACAAUUCUCAAUUUGAAAUAUUGAAACAAUGGAGUUCAAGAUUUCCAAAUCCAGAAGAUGACAUUGAUAUUUGGGGAGAUUUGCUUUUAUCUCGAGAAAUUGUUAUGAGUCGAUGGCCCAAAACUGGGGAUAAAGAUACGGAAUCCAUUCAAAUAGCAGUAGAGAAAUCUCACAGGGAAAUGAUUAGGCAUGCAUAUAAUCAACAAAAUUUCCAGCUGGCUACUUUGAGCAUUUCUCGAAUGAUGCCUCAAACUAUGUCAUUCCACGCUCCAAGCAUUCUUGAUGGAUUUUUACUCAAUGCUGCUCGUUUAAACAGCGUGCAUAUUUCAAGUUUUGACAAGGCGGAUAUUUUUUGCAAUUUAUUUGCUAAUGCACAUCAUUAUCAGAAACAAAUACUUUCACUUGAUGAUCCAGUCAAGACUGAGUUUAUAAUAGCAGAAUCAAGGUGCAUUUGGUCAAUUCUCAAGCAAGUGGUAAAUCAUGCUGACAUUGUUGGUCCGCGCCUACUUGGCAACAAAAAACUACUGCGUGUUUUGGCUGAAAAAUGCAACACAUUUCCAGAAAAUACAGCUAGCUUGGGAAGUUUGUUAAACAUGCUGGCAUUUGAUGGCUUGAAUACAGCAAAACAAAUCAUGGAUCAGAAUUUGAGACGCCAAGCUACAGUUGCAAUUGCUGAGCAAUGCGAUCAAGUUUUGCGGUGGAUCGAGGCUCAAGAUCCAAAUGUAUUGAACUGGUCAGUGUCAAAAUAUGAGUACGCCUUUCUCGUGAUACGCUUAGUUAUAUCAAGCAUGAUGUAUGGGAAUAGAUCGUCACGCGAAUUAUUUCCUAGAUUAUUGCAGCUUGUUGAAUUGUUUCCAGAUACUAAAAAGGAGUUUGCUGUCUUGUGUGACGGACUCGCUCCUUGGAUGCUUCUCCGAUGGAUCUCACAGUUGACAGCAGUGCUAGACAAACCGUAUGGAGACGCUGUUUUUUUACUGUUACAAAGGUUGUCAUCCAUUUUUCCCAGUGCAAUUGUGUUUCCCCUUCAAAUCAGUGCCACGCAAUAUUUAUUUACUGCAGCCUCGACAGUCACUAUGGAAAAAGUAAACGGGCUACUUAGUUUUGUGUCAUCGCCUCUUACAACAACAUUCAUUCAAGAACUACGUCGUCUCACUGAGCCUGCUCAUAUUUUUAAAGAUUGGAUGGAUCACACCGAGUUAAUUUUAAAUUUGAAAGCUGAAAAACGUCAAACACAGCUUCAAUCUGCAUUCUUGGAAAUGAAAGAAUACUGCAUCGAGUCUCAUUCCAAUUCGUGUACAGGUGCAAAAGAAUUUUCCAAAAAGCAUUCCAUAAGAAUUCUCGAGAUAUGUGGUUUAAACGGCGAGCAGUUUUUACUCAAACGCACUGAAACAUGGAGAGAAAUUAAACUAUAUUAUACGCAGUUUAUUCAUGGUAAAGAGCAUUUUCCUCAAGGUUCUACUCAGUUGAAGUACUAUUCGCCGUGGUUGGCCAUGUAUGGUCUUGAUCAUUAUCUUGAAGAAGGACUGAUGAUGCCGGGACAGCUUGAGCGUGCAGACGGACCGGUAUUGACAUCGAAUUGCACCAAGAUUUUGUUUUUCCAAACUUCAAUUCUUGCUUUAGGAUCUCUUCGACGACCCAAGCGCUUGACAUGUGUUGGAUCUAAUGGAAAAGAGUAUCCGUUUUUGGUCAAGGGAGGUGAUGAUUUGCGACUGGAUCAGAGAGUUGAACACAUGUUUGCUAUGCUAAACAGCAUUCUAACGAGUAAUCCACGAUCAAAAAAAUUGGACUUGUCCAUCCGUGUUUAUUCGGUAGUACCAAUGACAAGAACACUGGGAAUGUUGGAAUGGGUAAACAAUACCAAACCAUUGCGUGAAUGCAUGUCCGAUGUGACGGGCUUUCAAACUGCAUUCGCGAAUGCAGACAAGCAGUACAUGUACGGAAAUGUGCUCAUGUACGCAAAUGCAGAUGAUGUUGCACAUAUGAUACAAUCGCUUUGGAUGAUCAUGGAAAAACCUUUUUUAAAGCUGUUUAUACAAAACCUGGCUGCAUCGGCUGAAGCGUAUAUACUUAUUCGAUCAGGGUUUGCAAAGAGCUGGGCAUCAUUGAGCAUUGCAUCGUAUAUUAUGGGUAUUGGCGAUCGACACACAGAGAAUUUUCUGGUGGAUUUAAAAAGUGGACAUGUUAUAGGAAUUGAUUUUGGGUAUGCAUUUGGAUCUGCCACGGAAGUGCUUCCAGUACCUGAACUGGUUCCAUUUAGACUUACUCGACAAAUCAAAGAGUUUAUGGGUCCGCUUGGUAUACAUGUUUUGCUCGAACCACCUAUGGUAGAUGUCAUGACAGUGCUCCAAGAAAAGAAGGACAUGAUCAUGACGUCGCUAGAUAUAUUUGUAAAGGAGCCGUUGAUGGAAUGGCGCAAGUUUGCAAUUUCUCAGUAUAAACGAAAUAUAAACCGAUUUGGUGCAUUGACAGAAUCAUCCGAUAUUGAUACCAACUCAUUGAAUACUCCUAAAUGGUAUCCGCAACAAAAGCUUGAUGUGGCAGCAAGGAAACUCUGCGGAGAGCAUCCGAGUUAUAUUCAGUUGACAGAGCUUUUGUGGGGACAUACAGACAAGCCUUAUCUUGGCAGAGCACGCGAUAUCCUUGUUGGAAAUGAUACCCUUGCUAUGCGUUCUCAGGUUGGUCAGCAAUGUGCUGAUGUCAGAGAGCAAGUUCGGUGUCUGAUUGAUCAAGCGACUGACCCAAAUAUUCUUGGUCGUGCAUGGCGCGGAUGGCUUCCAUUUUGCUAA